CUGGCUAAAAUAAAUAUGGCCACGUUUUGGGAAGAAUAUGGUUCACCCAAACCACCGUGAAGGCGGUUAUCAGAGAGCAGGAAUGGCAUAUGGGCCAGUUACCUUUAACCUUUAAAUUGAGCGGCGGUGGUGAAAUUCCCUGGAAAUGUAGGCUACACGAUUAUAUAAUACAUACAUAAUUUCCCGAACAUACAAUAUUCUGUUGAGCUUGACACCUGUUUUUUGUAUAGGUUAGAGCGAGCAUAAUGUAUUGUUAGCCGUGUUAUGAAACUCAAUUUCACAUCCGGUCAGCCCAAAAAGUCUCGACAGAGCUGUCAGUCUUCAAAUUGAAUCUGUGGCCUCUGUUCCCGUCAAUUGUGUUUAACACUGCACCUUGAGCACCUCAGGAUUACCGUGUGAACCGAAACAUUUCCCCAACAUGCAACCGGCUCUCGUCGUGAUCUGGCUGGCCGCUCUACAACAAUCCAUUCCGGUCAAUUGUUUCCCUGUACACCUAGACCUGUCGCCGCCGCACAGGACAAUCAAAGGAAUCCUCGCGCGCUCCGAGUCUGUCGAUACAGGACAUUAUUUAUGGAAGGUGAAUUUGAAUGGACAUGUAAAGAAAGCCAUCUUCACAAACUCUCUCGUUGUCCUCCCAAUAAGAACAGAAACAAGUGACUUUGUGUCAAUAUUGGACUUGAAAAGUAAACGUUUCUUAUGUGUCGACGACGAGGAAAAGUGGUUCAGUUCUAUGAUGUUCAGCAGGAAGGAGUGCCUUUUCCAGCACAGGCGGAUGGAGAACCAUGUUGACGUGUUCUAUUCAUCCAGCAAUGGACUGUUGCUCCUACUGGAAGGGGCUGAGAUCCCUGUGAAAGGGUAUGACUUGUUAAAGAGACACAUGGUUUACAGACGGAAGAGGAGCCAACAGGAGAACCCAGAUGCAGACUCCAUGGAGGAUCAGGACCUGGCUAUGCAACAGGACCAAGAACGAGCUGGCGCCAUUUCCAAGGAGACCAUCACUUCUUGUGACGACCCUUUGCGGGUGUUACAUUCCAAUAGCCCAGGCAGUCCUACCAAAAUGGCUGUGCAAAAGGCAGACAAAGUGGCCCAGGGUGGUCUAGCGGUCUAAGCAGAUGCCUCCGGCACACGUCUACGGUGUUGUCAUAGGUUUGAAUCCAACCUACUGCCCUCUCUCUUUCCCUACUAUCUUCCCUACUAUCAUCCUCUCUCUUUAUCUUAGGGGUAGGCAACCUUGUUUCUGGAGUGCUUGCAGGAUUUUGCCCCAACUAGGCAUCACACCAGACCAAAUGAGCUGAUUGACUAAAUUCAACACACCUGGUCUUCCAAGUUGGUUAUAUCAAAAACAAGUCCUUGCGUCACUCCCGAACCAAGGUUGCCUAGUCCUGCUCUAACUGUUCAAUAAAGUCAGAAAAUAGCUUAAAUAUAUUUUAAAAAUGGAAAAUGCAGAGAAAGAGUGAAGCAUUGGCCAAUGGCUUGACUCGUAAGACCAGAGAAAUGAGCUUUGAAUUUGAAGCUUGUCUGGAAAAUGUUGAAACUUUUUGCUAGAUAACAUUAGGGGAUAUACAGUAAUGCCAUGCACCAGUGCCUCAAUCCUCAUGAGUUUGUGGUUUUGCAAUCGUAGUCUGGAUGGAGGGGUCACAAUACAACUUGAGAAGGAGCACGUUAGAUUGAAACAAGGAGGUGAAUUAGAAAGCUGAUCAGUGAGCAUCAUGAGAAACAGUCUUACAUGCUUAUAUGCUGAGGUAGUGCUUCUUAAGGUCAUUAAUUAGUAGAUGAGAAUGGGUGGAUGAGACCAUGUGUAUAGUGCAGUGAGAAGCCGACCCUUUGGUUAUGCAAGGGUGUGAUGCACUUUUUCACUGGGACCAGAAAUCGGCCCUGGCAUUUGUAACACACCGGCCCAUUUCUUUCCUCAAGGCCCAGACAGCGACCAAUUUUUUUCUCUCCCCCUUGUGGCCCCCAUUCUUAGCCUGAUGAUGUUAAUUUUGCACAAAAAAAAAGUUAGGCAGGCCCACGAGGUAAACAAUCAACCCGGGCCCAUCUGGAAUUUUUCACGAAAUGCCUGAUGGCCAGUCUGCCCCUGCACUUUUUAAAUAUUUACAUUGCAAAACACUUUCAAACAGUUUGGACUUUCAUCCUUGACACAGAGAAAGCCAAUCAAAUCAUCCUGAAAAUAUGCAGGCUCAUUAUGAAAUGGGCACUUCUUGUUUUUAUAACAGCGUAUAGAAAGUUGAGGCAGGUCACCCAUUUCCUUUUCUACAUUACUUAGAAUCGUAUAUCAAUUCAUACAGAGAGACGUUUGAGUAGCAGUUGAUGAGGGGCCUGUUUGGCAACAUUAAACAUAAUUUGUCCUUUUUGGGUAACGCCUGGGUUGAACCAAUGUCAUGUUGUCCUUUUAACUCCUUUUAAAAAGUACCAUUUUUAAACUGGUUUGGCAUUGAGCCUGAUGUUGCAAUAAUUUGUUUGCAUGAGAUUUUGCUAUGUAUGUCAAAAUGGACCAACAUUUCUGUAUGAAUUAUUGUAAUUGAAAAGUAAAUAUUAAUUGAUACAACAUUGCAUUAAUGCAUUGUAACUUCUAUUAAUUGAAGACCAUUUUUCAAUGGAUGUGUUAUGGUAUUACUAUAUUUUGUCAAUCUAUAGGUUGUGGUGGAUGUUCACAAUGUUUAAAUAUGGUAAAUACACUAUAUAUAAAAAAGUAAGUGGACACCCCUUCAAAUUAGUGGGUUCGGCUAUUUCAGCCACACCCGUUGCUGGCAUGUGUAUAAAAUCUAGCACACAGCCAUGCAAUCUCCAUAGACAAACAUUUGCAGUAGAAUGGCCUUACUGAAGAGCUCAGUGACUUUCAACGUGGCACUGUCAUAGGAUGACACCUUCCUAACAAGUCAGUUCAUCACAUUUCUGCCCUGCUGGAGCUUCCCCGGGCAACUGUAUGUGCUGCUAUUGUGAAGUGGAAACAUCUAGGAGCAACAAUGCUGAGCCGCGAAGUGGUAGGCCCCACAAGCUCACAGAACAGGACCGCUGAAAUGUGUAGUGAAUAAAAAUUGCAUGUCCUCGGUUACAACACUCACUACCGAGUUACAAACUGCCUCUGGAAGCAACGUCAGCACAAUAACUGUUCAUCGGGAGAUUCAUGAAAUGGGUUUCUAUGGCUGAGCAGCUGCAUACAAGCCUAAGUUCACCAUGCCAAGUGUCAGUUGGAGUGGUGUAAAGCUCGCCGUCAUUGGACUCUGGAGCAGUGGAAACGCAUCUCUGGAGUGAUGAAUCACACUUCACCAUCUGGCAGUCCGACAAACUAAUCUGGCUUUGGCAGAUGCCAGGAGAAUGCUACUUGCCCCAAUGCAUAGUGCCAACUGUAAUGUUUGGUGUAGGAGGAAUAAUGGUCUGGGAUGGUUUUUCACGGUUCGGGCUAGGUCCCUUAGUUCCAGUAAAGGGAAAUCUUAACACUACAGCAUUUUGUAUUUUUAUUUAUUUAUCCUUUAUUUAACUAGGCAAGUUCGUUAAGAACUUGGGCAAAAUGUGCGCCGUCCUAUGGGGCUCCUAAUCACAGCCGGUUGUGUUACAGCCUAGAAUCGAAACAGGGUCUGUAGUGUCGCCUCUAGCAUUGAGAUGCAGUGCCGUAGACCGCUGCGUCAUUCGGGAGCCCAUACAAUGACAUUCUAGACAAUUCUGUGCUUCCAACUUUGUGUUAACAGUGUGGGGAAGGCCCUUUCCUGUUUUCUGCAUGACAAUGCCCCUGUAUACAAGGCGAGGUCCAUACAGAAAUGGUUUGUCGAGAUCAGUAUGGAAAAACUUGACUGGCCUGCACAGUGCCCCGACCUCAACCCUAUCAAACACCUUUGGGCUGAAUUGGAACGCCGACUGCGAGCCAGGCCUAAUUGCCCCACAUCAGUGCCCGACCUCACUAAUGCCCUUGUGGCUGAAUGGAAACAAGUUCCCACAGCAAUGAUCCAACAUCUAGUGGAAAGCCUUCCCAAAAGAGUGGAGGCUGUUAUAGCAGCAAAGGGGGGACCAACUCUAUAUUAAUGCCCAUGAUUUUGGAAUGAGAUGUUUGACGAGCAGGUGUCCACAUACCUUUGGUCAUGUAGUGUAUAUCAAGGUUGUGUUUCACUGUCAUUUGAAACCAUUCCAAAUGUUAGCUGGUGCUGGACACCAUUAGGAAAAAGCAAUGAGCCAUCACAAUAUAAUAUGUAUUUAUUCAAAUAUAUUCACAUAUUGUUA